AAGAGUUUUGGUUCAUAUAGUACUGUUUUUCUCAUGUAUAUCGGGCAUGACUUAUUUUGAAAAUAGUACUUAUUCUCAUUUGAACGAAAAAGCAGCAGGCCAGAAGAGUACGACUGAAGCUAUCAAUCAUGUUCCCUGAGAGAAUACCGGAAGUUGAUUUAGGAAAGAGAGUGCCAUUGUGGCCUCUGAGGGAUUUGGAAGCAAGCGAGGAUAAGCAGGCUGCUUCAGAGUACGAGUCUAGUGCUGUGAGGCAUGGAGCAAGAGUAGCCGUGGAAGAUCUCUACCUCGAAGAUUUACUCUCAACUUCAGGUGAUAAACACAGCCCGACACGGCCAACCGUCUUCGGCGAGAGGCUAUCAGUGGCUCAAGCCUCAGUGCUUCAAACAGCGGAACUAUUGGAGCUCCUUCUCUCAUUUCUUCCCAGUGCGACGCUUUGGCAAGCACGAUACGUGUGCAAGUCAUGGAGAGAGCUCAUCGAGACUUCGCCGAUGUUACGAAGAAACCUUGGAUAUACCUCGACACUUCCGCCCCAGGCACCAACAAGAGAAACGGCAAUUCACACAGUGUUCAAAAUCAAUCCAGUACUUGAAUCGCUAAACCUGGUAAAGACGAACCGCAACCUGUUCAAGAUUGCCGACUUUAACUUUCCAGCUCGUUGGCGGACUGUGAAAGCGGCGUGGCGCGAUUUGCAACUUUGUGAGCCGCCCAUUCAGAGAGUGUUCCUAGCCAGCGCGUGGCUGGACAAAUAUCUCGAGUGUGAGUCAGGUCUUACCGCGGGGAUGAUAGCCGAUCGGGUUGAACUUUCUCGAGUUGGCACACUAUCCAGCGUGCAUACCUGCUGGUAG